UUCAGUAGAAGAAAUUUCGAUCUUCAGUACAAAAGUAAGCGUAAGAAUAGGAAGGAGCAAUGAUUCGCCUAAGCUAUAUUGUGCUUAUUGGUAUCGCACUAGCGUGCGUUGUCGCGGAGGAGGAAUUGUACUCCAACCAGUAUGACGAUAUCGAUAUCAAAGCCAUUUUCGAAAAUGAGAAACUACGACAACAAUAUUACAACUGUUUCAUGGAGAUUGCACCGUGCAAGACAGCACCUUUGAAAUUCUAUAAAGAAAUCUUUCCUGAAGCUUUCCAGACUCAAUGCAAAAAAUGUACUGAAAAGCAAAAGAAACAUAUGGAAUACAUAAUUGAUUGGUAUACAACGAAUAAACCCAAUGAUUGGAAUGCUUUAGUUACGAAAAUUGUGCAAGAUUUAACAAAGAAAAGUACUCAAUAAUUAUCAAUAAUACUGCUGAUAAAACUGACAAAGACCGACAAGGAUUUUUAUAGCGAACCGAUACUCUAACCCUCAAGAACGAAAAGGAACUCUAUAGAGUUGUUAAUGUUUAUAUAACACUAUACUGUAGUUUAUAUUAGAAUAAAACUUGAAAAUUA